AACUAAAGUUUCAGGCUCCCUCCAGGCAGGUCAGACUCUCUGCAGCCUGGGACUGAGCGGUAGCUGCUUCUGCACCAUGAAGGAGACUCUAUUCAAGAAGAAUUUCUGGAGUACAGAUUUAACGAGCACAGCCGGCUAUGACAUCAUCAUUCAACAUUUGAAUGACGGCCGGAAGAACUGCAAAGAAUAUGAAGACUUCCUGAAAGAAAGGGCAAUCAUAGAAGAAAAAUAUGGCAAAGAGCUCAUUAACUUGUCAAGGAAGAAGCCAUGUGGGCAGACAGAGCUGAACACCCUGAAGAAAGCGCUCGAAGUUUUUAAGCAACGGAUAGACAGCGUGGGGCAGAGUCACAUCCAGCUGGCCCAGAGUUUCCGGGAAGAGGCCAGGAAAAUGGAAGACUUCAGGGAAAAGCAGAAACUGCAUCGGAAGAAGAUAGAGCUUAUCAUGGAAGCUAUUCAUAAAAACAGGAAUUUGCAGUAUAAAAAAACAGUGGAGUCUAAGAGGUUAUAUGAGCAACGCUGCCGGGAUAAAGAUGAAGCGGAACAGGCUGUGCACCGCAGUGCCAAUCUCGUAACGCAAAAGCAGCAAGAAAAGCUGUUCAUGAAGUUGGCUCAGGCAAAGUCGACUCUGGAAGAUUCUGACAGGGCUUACCAGCAAAAUGUUAAUAUGCUUGAGAAGAUCAGGGAAGAAUGGGAGAAUGAACACAUCAAAGCCUGUGAGUUCUUUGAGACCCAGGAGUGUGAACGGAUUAGCUAUUUCCGCAACGCGCUGUGGGUGCACGUCAACCAGCUCUCCCAGGAGUGCGUCCAGAGUGAUGAGAAAUAUGAAGAAAUCCGCAGAAGUUUGGAAAUGUGCAACAUCGAUAAGGAUAUUGAAUUCUUUGUAAACUACCGUAAAAUGGGAAACAUGCCCCCAGCUCCAGUUGUCUAUGAAAAUUACUACAACACGUCGAGAAAUGCAACUCCAGUGAGAAAUCCACCACCAGGAAUAGGGAGGAGGGGGCCGCUGCCAAUCCCAACCAGCGGGCCAAGUGAUCCCGAUUAUGCUACAGUUGAUGGCUACAGUUUAGUACACCACUAGCAUUGUUUGGUCUCGCAGCAGCGUCUCUGAGCAUGAGAAGCUUGUCAGAGGCAGCGUAUCCACUUGCAUUUUGUAUGUUGGACGCAGUGAUGCAGACCUGAACUGUCUGUCCUUCUAAAAAUAUUUUAAAGAGUCCUGCGGUCCCUAUUUUAUACAUUUUGGAUGAAAGACCCCAGGCAGCCUGAAGUCUCUCCUCUUUCACAUCCACAAGCUCCAAGGACUGACGUCUCUUGUUCGUGGUCGGAAACAAGCAAGCAAAAAGAAUCCUUGAGCAGAAGCCACGGGUACAAUGGCAUCAUCCACGUGCUGCUCUGGGGGUUGGUGAUACCUUCUUGAUGUGGAAAGAUCUACAGGCAUCUGGAAAAAUACAUUAAAAAAAAUCUCUUAUGUCUUUGGGGUUGAGAACUCGCACGUGCCACACCAGCGCUGCAGUGGGAACUGCGUGCAGUGCUUUGGGCAGAGUGAAAUUGUUCGUAGCCCAGAGGUGGAAGUAAGAUCUGAGGCUGGAUUUUCACCAAGGGCAAGUUCUGAGCUGAAUUGUGGGAGAGCUCAUUCCUGUUUCCACUUCCUGAACACUCCUCCCAGCAGCCCUUUGGGAGCCUGCUCCUUUUCCCGUCGAAGUCCAUGGCAGAAUUCCUGUUUGGCAUCAGUGAUUUGGGAUCUGGACCCUGUUAGGAACUCAGCUGGCUUCUAGAGAUGAUCUGGAGCCCUAAAACUCAUGUCCUGAUCUGAAUUUCUCACAGUUGAUGUCCAUCUUCAUUGGGGAGAUCUGAUACUACUUUGAUUCAGGUACACAAACACUAAAGUGUGCGUGCUUCUGCCCAGCUCUUAGUGAGCGUGUGUAUGUGCUGAUUUCUUAUCUUAAAGCAGCAAGGUGGAUUCCACAUCAGACUGCUUGUGUUCUUUGUGUACACCUACAUGAUUCUGCAUGCACCUGAAAUCACAACCUUCUGGGGCUUUGCUUUGUUUCUUUGCAUGGAAGAGAGUCCAAAGCAUUCAGUACAACUCAUUCUGUCCUGCUACAUUUUGACGCACUGUCCAAAGUGGGUUCAUAGAGAAAAAUAUUGUAUUUAAAAAAGACUCUUAAAUAUCCCUGUAUAAUUUUAAAGAAGAAAUUGAUUGUAGCUUUAGUUUUAAAAUAUCUAUAUUAAAACUUCAGAUUUGA